AGCCCGAAUCCGACGGCAGCCGUAGCGGCAGCAGCCUGUCUUUGCGAAACAUGGCCGGCCAACCUGGCGCUGCGGCGGCCGCUGCGGUCGGUGGGGCACAACCUGCCGCCCAGAGUCCUUCACAUCGCGGCGUACACAGAUCCAUAUCUGCCACGCAUGCCAAACCUAACAGGAGGGCGUCCAGCGGAGGUGGUACCAUCGGUGAGACUCUCCGGACGGGCCCUCAGCCGCAGGUGCCGACGACGCCUAGCAACAACCACCAAUCGGGCUUCAAAAGGCAAAACACCGUCGACAGCGCUACGAUCAAAGAGAACAGCGCUAGGCUCAACUCACGGCCUGCCAGUGCUCAACCUAAGACGGCUACUGAUAACAGUAUACAAGUCGCAUCUAAAGCACGAACUGUAUCUAAGAACACGACGUUGUCUUUAGGAACGACCGUGGGACGCCGUUCGACGAUUAGCUACGACGGCAAAUCGGACAGCAUGGAGAAGACCAAUAUUGGCGAUCUACCAGGAUCCGAGGCGAUCGGUGGUGGAGACUCUCUAAGACCUGCUAAAGGCCAUGUGAAAUCGGCUUCGGUCAGUAGUAGUGGACCCGAAUCCGCUACUGAUCCCUUACGUUCUAGUCGCACCAGCGGAGGCCCAGGCGGCAUCCUCAGCACCUCUACGGUAGGUACCGGCGUGCGUUCGGGGCACGGCAGCGGGGCUGCAGGUUCGGUAGCAAGCUCAGCGGGGGGUCAACAAGCGUUCCCGCGCAACGCGUCCUCCAGGAGCACCUUCCAUUCGGGACAGACCCGCCCCAGGCCUGCUGCUGCCGCGUACGGACAUCACGGAGGCCCGCUUGCUGGAGCAGCUGCUGGGGGACCGGGGGGACCGCACGACUCGCACGCCAGGCCGUCGUUUUUUAGCAAGUUCAGCCUCAAGGGGUUCACCAAGAGGAUCUGACUAUGGGCGGCGCCACAGUCGCGUUGUCGCCUCCUUCUACCCACCGCCAUGCUCCACGAAACCAAAGGAAAAUGCACAACGGACAUCUGUUAAAAAGUGAUAUAAUUGUGCGAGGGUAACAUAAAACAUUCACUGCAGCGCAUCUUGGAACAAUCUUAAUUUUAAUGUAACACGUAAAGCUUAGGCUAAGUUCAGAUGACGCGCGUUCGCUUGGCGCUUCAGAAUCAGUACGUGCUGUUCACAUGGAUGCGCGCCACAGAAAAUGUGCUCCCGUAUGGCGCCAUUAGACGCUACGCGCGUCGGUCAGCGUGUUGACGCUCCCAUUGCCUGUUCAGUUGGCGCUCAUCUUUCGUUGCGUUCAUUCGACAUAUCUGACGUUGCUUUCCACCGUAAUGUAUUGAGGUGGAAACAGAAAUAAUUUAGUAAUGAAAUUGAAAGAGUAGGCUGCGAUUUGGGAGAUGCACUUCAAGUUACAUUCACUACUAAGACGGCAAAAAAAACCUAAUAAUUAUUUGCUAACCUGUUGAUGGCGAAGGAAAAAGGAAAUAUUAGGUAGGAUUAUUCUACCACUCAACGAUUUUAUUUACAUUCUGAAAUAGUUAAAAAAAUUCUGUUCUUAUUUUUGAGUGCUGGUACACUCCAAAUACCGAGUCUCAUAUACAGAGAAAUCCAUGUACCAUAGAUGUCGUAAUGUGUACGAGAGAGGAGCACAAAACGCUUGCAAGAGAUAGAAGCACCACGUUGCAUAGCAACCCGAGUCACGAAUGCCGCUGCGGCUUGCUGCGUUGCCAUCUGCGUACUUUAACAUACGUAUUGCACGCUCCUCUCUCGUAGACAUUACGACGUCAGUGAAAUUUGGACUACAAUUUUUAUGCGUGCCAUCUGGUCACCGCCAGUACAAGCCCGCGUCAUCUCGAAGCACGUCAUCUGAACUAAGCGUUAUCCUGUGGUUUUCAUGCUAAUAAUCCUCGAUGUUUGUUUGGCCGCUAAAUGGAAACUACAUGCGCUUGAAAUACGGUUUACUGACGAUGUUUCGACCGUCACGGUGGCCUUUUUGAUGUAAAAAUGACAAUUCUAAUGACAAUAUAUUUUGUUUCAUUAUCUGCAGGUGAAAGCUCGUUUGUUUUUUCUUUCUUUUUCGCAUCCCUAUACGGUCUGUCACUACAAUAGUCUGAACGGUGCUGUGAUAUGCUAUGAUUGAUAGACGUAGGUGAGGUGUCUGGUACAUUAAAAAACGACAGAUAACCUCAUGCUCGCUUAUCGCUUUUAGAAGCUGGACAUCCUUUUGGGGAGUCGUAUGCCUGUCUUGCUGAUUAUGCGUGGUGCAAUCUUAAAAUUAUACUGGUGGCUUUCCGCAGUCUCAGCAUGUUACAGGACCGUUCAGAUUGUUAUAGUAACACAGUGAAUAGGAAUAUGUGAAGAGAAGAAAAAACAAACGAUCUGUAACGGUAAAGGCCGCUGCAAAAAAUUAUUCGGGAACGGAAACUAGAACGUAAACGAAAACCAGAACGGAAAAGAGAGAUUUCGACAGGUGCACGAUGAACGGCAGUGAUUGACCACUGUGACAUCAUUUUGCAUAUAGCCUUACUUUGUUCUGUGCAAUUUUGUGACAGUCUUCGUAAACCUCACCUAUUUUGACUCUCGACGCCUACUAGAUAUGUUUCUUGGAUGUUAUGUAACAUGUACUUCACGAAAAACCAUGUCGUUCAUUUCCGUCGGGUCUGCUUAUCUUGUAACCGCCUAUAACUUGAGAAGUACGGAUCGGAUAUCAAUGAAAUGUUUACACUAUGUUAGAGGAGAGUGACCAAAUAUGGAUUACCAUUUUGUUUUUCACACAUAAUUUGCACAAACUUUACAAAUAAAAAAUAUUUUGUAGUCAUUAAUAAUAAUCAUAUACUUACGCUUUAUUUUGUAACAAGUUUUGGUUACAUUGACAAAUUUUAAAUAAAAUUUAAAACAAAAACUAAAUAAUUAUAAAGGCAUCUAAAUAUGGAAUAGGUAGCCCAUGUAUGGAAUACUAUAAAUAACAACAAAAUUUAACCUUAACUUAAAUGAGAUUCUUUGGAAACGUUGGUAUAACAUAAAAAGGAACACAAAUUAUUUGCAAAACUCACAAAUCCAGGCAUCAGACUCUGGUCCUGCGCAAUCAUUAUGUGCCCAGAGCCCACACAUGAGGCACUUGACCCAUGUUUCCCCAUGGGUGUCAUUUGAAAACAGCAUGCCACAGAAAAUACACUCCGCAUCUUCAGAGUCUGGAGCUGUAUUUCCUAUCAAGGCAUCGGGCUCACUGUCUGUAUCAAACAUCAUCAUCUCCUCAUCAUCAUCUGAAUCUGACUGAGAUUUUGUUUUUGAUGUUGUUUUUUUUGUUUUGUUUUUGAUUUUUAUUCUUUGCCCAUUUAUUUUGUUUUUCGUCUUUCUUCUUACUUUUUUCUAUGAGAUCCUCCCUGUAACGUGACGAUGUGAUGACUGCUGCAACAGAUGCUUUUCUUCCUCUAUUAGAAGGUUUCCUUUUCUUGUUUGGUACUGGACUGAUGUCAUAUGGAGAAACGGAUCCUAAACUACUGUGAGAAAUUCUGGAAGUUCAGGUUCAAUAUUUCUAUCUUGUCUGGAUGUAGAAGCUUCAGUUAAAGGCUUACCAUCAGCAGGUGUGCUAAGAUUGACCAUCGAUUCUUCUAAAGGUUGGAGACUUAAUGUCAUUGGUGUAACAUCUACUGUGCAACCAUCUUUAACUGCAUCUUCUUGCGCAGCAAGAUAGUCGACCGCGGUAAAAAUAUUUUUAUUCAAUGGCCAUAGUCCUGUAACCCGAAAUCCGUUGGCUGCUAUCUCACUCGUUUGUACUUUUAAAUAAGCCCUACCAAACAGCUCCGUCAUAUCAUAAGGGCUUAGUGGUCUAUUAUUGUCUCUGAUCCACAUUCGUAUUUCUUCACUGUAAUACGUUUUGAGAGGUCCCAUAAACGUCUUAUCUAGUGGCUGGAGCUUGUGGGUUGUGCGAGGAGGUAAGGACACAAUGUCUACAUUAUUUUCCCUAGCAAGAUCUAUCACGUCGAUGUUACGAGUAUGAGAAAAAUGACCAUCCAAGAUCAGUAAUACUUUCGAUUCCGGAGUAGGGUUGGUAUGUUUAAUGAAAUGUUUGAACUAGUCAGUGAAUAUGUUCAUUUGUAUCCAUCCUGAUGGAUGUGCAAUACCAACAGCGCCUGGGGGACUGCCUCUCAUUAGCUGAGCACUCAUAUUCUUGCGAGGGAAUAUAAUAAAGGGAGGUACAAAAUGACCAGUGGCGUUCAUAGCAACAACAACUGUCAUUAAUGAACCCCUUUCACCUGAGGUAAGUGAAGCUAUCUGCCGUUUCCCUUUAUGGCCAACCACUUGGGGUAUCUUGCUCUGUACUAUGGUAAGCCCAGAUUCAUCAACAUUGUAUAUGCUGUGUGGACCAUAGUUUUCUUGAGCAUAAACGCCUUCAAGGAGAUCAAAGAAUGUGUCUACUUUUUCUUUGCUGAAUCCAAAUGCUCGAGCAAAAGAUGUGCCAGCUGGUUUUCUCACUGAUAGUUUGUCCUUAUGGCGCUUAAGAAAUAGCUUAAGCCAUUUCUUUCCAGCCAAUCCCGUUUCACCAAAUGGAUUUUUCAACUGAUUACGUUUUGACAACAUGUACGCCAUUCUUCGAACAUCGUUUCUCGUCAAGCCGUAGAAUUUGCCCUCCAUCGUCAAAAUGUAGUCUACCAAAAGAUUUUCAACGGUUGUCCCUAAAACGGUUUUCCUCCCAUGUGUAGUAGCUGCGGCUUCUUCUGGCGGUGAUUCGUUUUUCUGGCAUAAUCGAAACAAGGUAGUUCUCGGCACACCAAAGUGUUUUGCAGCUCUUAAAUAAUUUACACUUUAAACCUUUCUGUAAACACUGUUUGCCUAUAAUCUACUGUCAAGUAUUUUUUUAACACUUCUUCGACUAGUUGCACUCGCCUUUGAAACCUACAUCUAUCUGCCAUCUUCCCGUUACUUCUUCGAGCUUCUCUAUAUGCAUAUUGUCAUGCAUACAUGAUAUGUACUUUGUUUUUUGUUUCGUUGAAGGAUACGGUCUUUGGAAUAAUACUUAUAUGUUCACCUUCAUUGCACAUGUUACUUUUGCUGGUGCACUUUUUAGUCACCCCACUACUUUUUCCUUCUACCAACAUUGUCUCCACUCUCUUAAACCUUGCUUCCGUUUGCCAACAAUACCUCAACCCUCUGAAACCCUGCUUCCUUCACUGCUGCACCUGUCGCAAUCUCCUUCUCUUCUGUAUAAUCCAUCUUAGUCUCGCACCACGACCCAUGCCUGGAGGUAUACUUCUCUGCAUGGGCACCUGAAUCAACUGAUCCGAAUUAGAACCUGCUUCAUCAUCCCAAUUCUCUUCCACUGCCACUUCCGGCGCCGGAUUCCUGACUCCAUAUCGGCUAACCGGUGUGGUGUCCAUGGGUGUUCGGGACCCAGAUGGAGGAUGCUGCGGUGUGGGUGUUCAUAGGUGUUCUGGACUCAGAUGGUUGAUGCGGCGGUGUGGUGCCCAUAUGCGUUCUGGGCCAUGGGUCGUCCCAAUUUUCUUCUUCAGGAUGUAUUCUGUUGAAUGGGCGUAUAACCGCCACCGGCUUCCCCUCCCACACCGUCGGCAACUUAAAUGUUUGUCUUGCACUCAUUGUUUGAUUCGUGCUGUCUGCGAACAACUGCCUCCUCUCCGAGCGCUGCACUAAUUUAAACACAUAUUUCCAAGGUCAUACCGUCUACCACUCACGACUUCAAGGUCACAUUUCAAGGUCAUAUUUCAAGGUUAUAUUUCAAGGCCAUAUUUCGAUUCAAGGUCACAUUUCAAGGCUAUAUUUCAAGGUUAUAUUUCAAGGCCAUAUUUCGAUUCAAGGUCGCAUUUCAAGGCUAUAUUUCAAGGUUGCAUUUCAAGGUCAUAUUUCAAGGCCAUGUUUCAAGGUUACAUUUCAAGGUCACAUUUCGAGGUUAAAUAUGCGUUCAAGGUUGGCUCCCAAGGUCGACUCUCAAGGGCGUUCUAGAACAGACAAACCCUACCUACUCCCAUUUGUUUCUCUGUUACUGAUGUAAUAGCUUGCGCCAUGUCCUCUGCAUUCCAAUCUUUUCGUUUCGUUUUUGAGUUGACGCCAGCCAUUCUGAGGAAAAAUAGAAAACAUACUUUUAAAUUAACAGAAUCAUCAAAUCAGCUGAUACUUAAAAGCACCAAUCAUGGAAUAUUCCAUAAUUAGCUACUAUGAUUCGUCCAUAUUUGGAUCUCCCAACGACUGCAAACUGACAUUUAUAUUUUUAUAUUUGAUAAGAUAAUAUCAUCAAAUACCGCUAAAAUCCACAAAAGAACAUCCAAACUAUGUCUAGAAGUUAUAACAACAAUACUGUAUGCACUUUUUGUAAGAAAAAUACGUGUUUUUUACGUACCUUAGAAAGAUAUGCGGAAGCGACAAAACGAAACACUGCGACUGUGAUGAACGGGCUCGCUCGACUGACAAGCUACGACUUGUAAGCGUGAACGCGGCUCGAAGACAGAGACGAACACUGUUUACUGCGUGUGUCAUUUUCCAUUUGAUAGAAAUGCCGGUAUUCCAUAUUAGGGAUACUAUUCCAUAUUUGGUCACUCUCCUCUACUACUAUGCCAAUGACGUGAAAGCGUUGUAGGUCGAACAAGGCCAAAAUAAUAAAAUAAAAAUCACUCAAACUUCGAUCCUGAUCAUAUUAAUCAUGUCACUCGUAUAGAUGUCCCCGCUACAUUUAGAAAUAUCUCCUACAGUCGGGUGUCGAUACGUGCGGCGUUCUCCACCAAUAGAGAAGCAUCGUCGGUGGAAGUACAGAGUCAAGUUACUUGACGCUAUUUUUUCAUUUUUGGACUAUUUAUAUGAUAAAAUGAAAAAUGGAUUUUGAGGAACGCCGCGCAGACAUAAGCCUAAAUGCCGGGACAAAUUUUCUUAAUCCGAUUGUUGAACUGCCUAAGGUUAGUAGAACUGGGAAAACUUCCUCUUGUAGAUUGUUCCACAAUCUCAUCACCCUCGGGAUAAAGGGGGGGGGAUGAGUUGGACAUGAGCAAUUUUCCAGUUUUCUGGGAAGGCGCCGAAUUCAUAAGAUACCUGGAAGAGACGCAAAAGAACUGGAGCAAGCUACGCUGCACACCUUUUCAGUACAAUGCCAGGAAUCAAGUCUGGACCAGAAGCUUUGUUGAUGUCGAGCGGCAAGCGACACAUCUCACGGCCCUAAGCCUGAGUGUUACUUCCCGUAUAGUGUAGGGAACCCUCUGAAUCGUGGGCACUUGGGCGUUGGGGAGAGACGUCCAUGGUGGAGUUGGCAGCAAAGAUCUUGGCAAGCACUUCCGCCUUGGCCUUUGAGUCGGUUACAAUAGUUCCAUCCUGACACGAAAGUAGUGGAAGGCUACUGUGAGAAGUUCUUUCCAAUUUGCUUGGCCAGCGUUUGGCAUUGCGAACCGCUUCGUUAUAUUUGUGUUUGGACUCGACGUCGGCUCGUCUGUUCUCUACAGUGGGGUUUUGUAAGAAAGUUCUAUGCGCCUUGAUCUUAUGCCGGCGAUUUGUUGAACCAGCCGUUGGACCCUGAUUUAGACACUUUCACUGUAUGAGGGAUGUAUUCCUCCAUUCCGACGUGGAUAAUUUCGGUUAUCGAAGAACAGACAGCCGACGCAUCCGCGUCAGCGAAUCAAACAUCUCUCCAAGGAAAGGUAGACAAGAAGUCUCUGAGCCCCUCCCAGACGGCAUGUCCGUAAUGCCAAAUUUUGCGGUCAGGGCGAGUUUCUGCUGCCACAGUUGAGUUUCUCAUUUAGAAAUUUAGGUUAAUACUUUUGGCGGGCUUUAUUGCGCAUUAUGAGAAUUCUAGUUGGCUCCCAGAAGACAACGAAUGGAAACGUUGAAUCUUGGCCAACUCUUCCGAUGUCGUUUCCGUUACCGUUCCCGUUUCCGUUUGUUGUACGUGUACUCGUAUGUAUGGAUAAUAUGCAAUUGAUGUUUUCUGGCGUUUCCAUUUACGUUCUGGUUUCCGUUCCCGGGCAAUUGUGCUGCAACCUUAAGAUAGGUAAACAAAACAUAUUGUCAUCAGAAUUGUCAUUUGUGCUUGAAAAACGUUACCGUGGUGGCCGAAACGUCGUGAAUAAACAGUUUUUCAAGCAUAUGUGGUUUCAUUUAGCGGCCAGACAAGCAUGGAUGUUUAAUUUCAAUUUUCUUGUAGUUCAUCUAAUAUCUUACUUGAACAAUGUUGGAUUGGUGUUGGAAAGUCGAAUGAACAUCUGGCAAAGAACACGUAAAAAGAUACAAGGUCAAUGUUCAAGCACGUGUACAGGGUGUUUCUGAAAAAUGUGCAUUAUUUCUAGGGUAGAAAAUAUACCCAAAAAUAACAAAGUAUAGGUCCUAAAUUGCGCCAUUACCAUACAACAUACAGGAUGUUGUAUAUUUCUACGCCAUGGAUGAGACUGAAUAAGGACACAACAAGAUUAUUGUUCCAAUAAAGCUAUGGCGUGCUAGGAUCAGUCACUUGAAAGACUGCAUACAAUUUCCGCUGUCAAAUUUCAUUAACUUUAGCGUGUUUUCAAAGUAGAGCAGGCUUAUACCGAUUCUACCUCGAAUAUUUUUCUCCAAAAAGAGUAGCAUGGAAAUUUCUCAAGAAAGGCGAAUCAUCUGAAAUUGUAUACCUUAUUCAAAAAUUCGAUAGACGUUUAAAAAAUGUUGGCCUAGAAAAUCAUUUUCUUUUUUCCCCUGUAGCGGAUAUAAUUUUAUCGCUACUGGAAUAGUCUAGGCACAAAAAUAUUUCAACGUGUUGUCUAUGAUGUCAGCACUACACGUACCAAACUUUGAGUUAAUAUCUCAACCUAUUCCGAUGAUAUAUUUUUAUUUCAAUUUCAGAAUUAUAAUUUUAACACUCUCAAUCUCUGUAAAGGGACAUUUUUGGACCCAUGCUUAUCUGAACUUUUUGUGUUAUUUUUUUUAUCUACGUUACGUCCUAGAAAUAUUGCCACGUUUUUCUGAAACACCCUUUAUAUUUCAAAAAGCAAAUCAAUUGAAAUGCUUCUUGCAUCGUAUCUGCCUUUCAAGUGAUAAAUAUACAAGAUAAUUCAGAAUGUUAUUGGGAAAAUUCUAUAUAACUAUAUACCUUGCUGAGUUUGAUGAAGACAAGAAGUGAUUUUUUUGUGAUUACCUCGUACGUUUAGUGAUAUUGUCAAUUGACUCUUUAAAUUAAUUUAUAAGUCUAGGAUUUGAAUGUAUCAUUGUUAAAUGAAUGGGCAGAGAAGAACCAAAUAAGCUUGCUCUCUUUUCAUAUUUUUUUCAUUGAUUUUUUGUUUGUUUUCGAGAAGCUGUUUCUUGAUAGAUAUUUUUAUUUCAUGUUUUAAACGAUAACAUUUUUGUAUUAAGCUCAAAGAUCGUGAACAAUACACAUUUUAAUGUUUUUUUAGCAAUACAUGCUACGAGAAUUAAUAAUGAAUAGAAAAUUCCUAUGAUGUUCUAAGUUUCUGCAGAUUAUUUAAAAAAAGGUAAUCCCAUAUCUCAAAACUGAAACAGAUAUCAUUCAAGCAUGUGCAUGAAACAUAAUCAGCUUUGUUUGGUAGUUAUUGUUAUGACACUGUGUUGUAUUGUAUGGAAAAAAGAGAGAACUUAUUUUAUUUUCUUUGUCCUAUAGGUACUGUUUUGUCCAAAUAUCUCGUUAAAGAGUUCCAAAUAGGAUAAUUAUAUCAUCUCACAUUGUCUUCUAUAAUAUUUAGUUUUACUCGUCAUUUGGUCAGUUAGUAUCCCCAAUAAUUUACUCAGUAUUCAUUAUAAUAUGACUAACUGACUGUUUGAUGCGUCAAGACCAAAUCAAUACAUUUUGUUUUAUUUGAAUAGAUUAUUUUUCAAAAAGCAUUUAUAAAAUGUAAUUUAAGAAUGGUACUAAAAACACAAACAUUUGUAAUAUAGUCCUCAACUUUUGUUGAUACAUAUCUAAGAAAUAUUGAGUGGUUCUUCCAACCUUAGGAUUUCUUGCAUUUAUGCGUUAAAUAAAUUUUCUGUGGUAGAAUAGUGCAAUUUUGGUAGCUACGGCCUGAGUUUACAGACCUAAGAAUUGAAAAUUUAGUAAGCUAAUAUCUUGAGUUUGGAAGUGCCUGUAGAUUUUUUCAAAUAUAUUUACACAAAGUAAAUAUACAUCCUAUGGUAGCCUUGCACUUCUGGUUUUGUUUCGUUAUAUAUUCAAAAGUUGUUUACACUAUAAUGUUGCAUUAUAACGUUAUAUUUUUCUAAUGUGUGAAAAUGCCUUGUCAAAAUAUUUCCAUUCCACGA